AUGAAGAGUCUUUUCACCAGAAUCGACUCCUCUAAUCAUACAGCUGUCUCUUCUGCCCAGGUAUUAAAUUUAUUCAUUUAUUUUUAUUGUCAUUGCUAAUAAAUUUUUUUUCAAAUUGAUCGCUUGGAACCAUCUUUCACAGAUUCCGUAUUCUGUUUCCCAUGAUUCCAUUGCAGGAUUCCGGAUUCUGUGUUUUAGUGCUGCCCCGUAAAUGUUGGCAUGUUUAGCAUAUGUACUUUUUUCUUCUGUGCAUGUGUUUGCUGUUCUCUGGAGAAUGAGACUUCCACUCUUAUCUAUUACAAUAGAGCUUUCGUUACAUUAUCCUUUAUUCAAGUAACCUUAAAAUCUUUUUCCAUGUUCAUGAGAAGGAAAAGGAUUUUGACUCUUUGUUUGUACAUGUAUUCCACAGAAAUACUACCCUCCAGAUUUCGAUGCAUCUAAGAUCCCUAAGCUUGGACUUUCACGAGAUCGUCAGUAUGUGGUGCGACUCAUGGCCCCUUUUAACAUGAGGUUGGUUGUGAAAUUAAGGCAAUAGCUAGGUGAAGUAGAUGCCAAUGGAUAACAUUCACAAACUUCAAGUAUAAAGAUUAUUAUUAUUAUUAUUAUUAUUAUUAUUAUUAUUAUUAUUAUUAUUGUUAUUAUUAUUAUUAUAAUAGCAGUUUCGAUCCUGCACCAAAGAUCUUACUCAUCUCAACAUCUAGCUCCUUGGACCAACCCCUCCCCCCCCCAAAAAAAAAACAAUGUCCAUGAUGAAGUUCAGCUGCAAGAUCUUGUAGCCUGGGUAAUGUUUGGUAAGCUCCCACUGCAGUGGCUGGUACUUCUCUUUCUUCUCAGAAUCGGCUUCCUCGCACGAUUGUCCCACCACGGACAGCUCAUUUCCACAGCCAACACCCCAGAAUUGUAUUAUCCAUUGAUUCAGUUUUUAAUGAUUUCUAAUAUUUUUAGGUGUACCACCUGUGGAGAGUACAUAUACAAAGGAAAGAAAUUCAAUGCUAGAAAGGUGGGUAGUAACAGGGUUAACGUUUUCAUCAUCAGCAUCAUCAUCUGUCGACUGUUAUUCUGAUACACUGUAGACACCACACAGUUUUGUCGCAGGGUCUUAGUUCCCAUUGCUCUUUCAAGUUUCUCUCCCUGGCCCCAGUACCUCAUGAUGAGAUUGUGUUGGGAUAGUUGAGGGGUCUAAAGUGUACUUCAGUCUAUUACACUUUAUUAAAAACUGAAUCAUUGGAUAAUGCAAUUCUAGCAUUUUGAUUGGCUUAGCCAUUAUGGUAUAUGAGCUAUUAUACCAUGCUCUCCAUAUAUGGUCGGUGUACGCGUCAGUUUAAAAUUGGAAGCUAGCUGAGAUUUUUUUUCGCGAAGUAUAGAACGGCGCCCGAAGCAAAUCGUUUUAAUUCAUUUCUUAGAAUCCUAGAAAUGCAAUUUCAUUGAAAGAAAAAAGAGAAAAACAAACAAAAAAGCCACAAGAGCUUGUUUGAAAGUUUGUCGAAAAACACAUGAAAACACAUGGAACUAAAGUAUUUUUUACCAACUAAAGUAUUUUUUACCAACUAGUUGGAUUUUACUAAAUCAAUUAUUCCUCUCGCCCUCAUUGCCUCUGAGUCAAUAGCUCAUUUGGGCUCUAGGAAUAAUUGAUAACUAUUUUGAGCCUACAUAGUUCCUCCAGAAGAAUGUCCCAAGGCAAUUAUUAUAUACAGGAUGAUAAAUUAGUGCUCAAUCAUAUAUGGUACAUGUACAUUGGAAGGGAUUAAGUGGAUGAAGGGACUCCUUUCUGACUCGAGGCUUGCUCUAGCAACCCCCGUCCCAGUGGUUCCUGAUGCCUAACUUUUGCUCUCAUGCGAGUAGAAAAUCCAAUUUUAGUCAACAACAAUAACACUGUUUGAUCUAACACUCACUGACUGUUAUCUUGCAAAAACUUUACAACUAUUUUGAUACCAGUUCUUUUAGACUUAGUGUACCUGCUUGUUAAAAGCCUUCAGUAACUUUACACACAAUUUGUUUCCUUUUGAUUGGCUCAACUUAAUAAAUUCCCACAGUCACCAAGACUGUAUUAACCUUUAAAGUUCAUUCCAGAUGGCCGCUGUUAAAAUUGUAUACUUAUUGGACACCAAUAAAAUUUCGACCGCAUUCAUACCUAUAAACAAUUUUAUCAGCAAGCACACAGUAAACACACACACUGUAGUUGCAAUAUUAUACAAGAUUAUCUUGUCUCUUUUUAUUUUUCAAUUUGUUACCUUUAUCCUGAAUGCUAUUAUUUUCUUUGUUUCGUAACAGGAAACUGUACAAAAUGAAACAUACCUUGGCCUUCUAAGAUUCAGAUUUUACAUCAGAUGCCCUAGAUGUGUAUCAGAGAUAACAUUCAAGGUAUAAUGAGUUAUAGCCUGGGUGGAUUACUUUUUUGGCGGCAGAGCUGCUACGUGAAGCUGCACAGGAUUUUUGAUUUGUGCCCACUCUUCUUGUGGCUCUGCCGCAAAAACAAUACUGCACUCCCACGUAAAUCCCAUCAGCUACACAGUCUAAAUGAGUCACCGGUAGUGCAAAUCACUCUACCUUCCCAGCAGUUUCAUUGCCACCCAGCCUUCACAUAUGAUUCUAAGAGUUGUCUGAGCUGUGAGCUGCAUGCAAAAUUUUAGUUUUUUUGUUUGACAGAAUUACUAAAAAUUACUAGAUAUAAUAACAAAUUCAGCUCUUCUUGGAGUGGAGGACAGUUUCUUGAAACUUGGCUCUAACUUAUGAAGUCAGUUAAUAAAAUUCUACCUUUACAUGUAUAUACCAGCCAUGCUUUUAAAUAGUCUACUGGUUUUCCCCUUGGCAGUUAGGAUUCUUAACAUAGUUACAAUGCAUGUUUCAUUAUUGUGCUAUAAUACUGCCGAGGUUGAAUAAAGUAAAUAAAUUUCCUAUUGCAAAGAAACAAUAAUAACAGAGUGCGACUGAAGUGACAGCAUUUGAGAAAAAGAACACAAGAACUUAACAAUAGACCUGGCAUGUGAUGCAUCAAUCAAGUUACCCUUCGUUGACGUCAACACAUGUUCUCCACAAUGUACUUCGCACAUAAUAUUUAUUUACUGUAAUGGUACUUACGGUAAUGAAAAUGAGUUCAAGUAAGACAAACCUGUGAUGGUAGUUUCUUUCACUUGUUCCCUAAGGACCAUAAUAUCAAUUCAAAGAAGCAAUUAAAUGCCAACCAUUGUAAGACUUCAAAGGUUAAAUUUGAAGUAGUCUGUCUUCUUAUCCUGGGCUAAUGAUAAGUCUUCUCUUCAUAGACUGAUCCUGAGAACACUGAUUAUGUUUGCGAAAAUGGAGCAACAAGGAACUUUCAAGCACAGAAAUUAAUGGAAGAUGAAGAGAACAGAAAACAGAAAGAAGAAGAAGAGGAAGAACAAAAUAAUCCCAUGAAGGUACUGUAACAACAGCACAGGUCAAACAAGAGCUUUAGCAGGGAACAGUUCCAAAUAACUGCAACCAAGUUAGCUGUAUUACUGCAGUUUGCGCAUUGUAUUCAUGUAACAUUAUUGUGCUUGUGAGAUACAUCUACAUUGUGUAGCUAAACAAUAAAUUUCGAAUUGCACACCUUGAUAUAAACAUGGCAUUUUGAUCAAAUCAGUUUAGUUGAUCUUAGUUAACUAGCUAUAUAGAGAGUUGCAUGUUAAGCCUGUUUUUAUCUUUAUUUUUUUUAUUUUUAGUGAUUUGUAUCUGGUAUUUAACAUAUUAUUUAACAGUGUCACCCAUUAGCUUAUAGCUUAAAUAAAGUUUUCAUGCAUUCAUUUAUUCAGUAAGCUGUUUUCAAAGCGAAAUACCGCAAGGACUCCAAGCUUGUGCCUUUGCUUCCAUCACACAUGAAAACCAGCCUAACUUAGCUUUGAGUUCAAAGAAGCAGUUAGCUGGGAAUUCUUUGUAAAUUAUAGUAAUAAUAAAUUAUGACAAGCAUUUUAACAAACCAAGAUCAAGACAACAGUUUUAACUUAUUGAUUUAACAGAUUUAACUUAUUGCCUGGGACUGAUUUAAACUGAGCAAACUCUGUUGUAACAAUAUUUUCUUCUUUGCUUUCUUCAAUUUAGGCUCUUGAAAAGAGGACAAAAGAAUCCAAACAGGAGAUGGAUAUUUUAGAGAAAUUAGAGGAACUGAGAGAUCUAAACACCAGACUGGCUAAUGGUUUGUAAACACAAGCAGGGGGGGUAGUCCUUAAGGGUACAUCGCUGGGAGAGAGAUGUCAAUGUCGGCUGAAAGUUAGUUUGAGCAAGACUAAACUCUGAGAAAUGCCAAAAUGAUGAAAUGAUGCCAACAGCCCCCCUCCCCCAAAAAUCCUAAUUUUCGGUUCUUCCUUGUACGAAAAAAUGCUCUUCUUCAUCUCUGAUAUUUCCCUGCCUCAUCCCUUGUCGCUCACGGUCACUUUUGGGGGGAUAUUUGAGUUAAUUAUGAAAGAAAGUGGGGGCGAAAGGAGCUGCCCGUCCUCUGUGCUCAUUCCCAUCAUCCCCCUCUCGCACUUCUCGCUUGACUUCAGCUUCACUUGGGAAGCCUGUGGAGGAGAGAGUAUAUUUUCUUCUUUUUUUGGGGGGGGGGGGUCCCCCUACACCCUCUAGAGAAAGCAGUGUCCCAUUAUAAAGUGCUGUUGACUACCUUUUAGUAUCUGAUCAUGUUUACUUGGUGGAGGAUGCUUUUUUAAGGCUCAAAUCAAAAGGUGGAAGAUUGCUUAAGUUUAUGACAGCAAUAUUCUAACCUAUAUGAAAGUGAACAUGAUCUUCACGGUAGAAUGAACAACCUAAACAGUCGAAAAAGAACCGGACAAAAUUCAGCCUUGACUGGGCAUCAAACUCUGACCUUUGCUAUGACCAAACACAACCCUCUAUCCAUUGAGCUAAUCAAGUCAACUGUUGAACAAGCCAUUGUGAGUUCAUUAUAUACCUGACCGGGGAAAAGACAUAAACUAAAACAUACAAAAUAAAUCGUAUGGUCUUCGCAGUACUAUGAACAGCCUCAGCCGCUGGAAAAAAAAAAAACACUUAAAAAUUCAGGCUGGACCUAAAUUAACUAUAAAUUAACACACCAUGGUUGACUAAUAAUUCAUAUUGAGAGAAAAGAUAUCUAUGUUAGUUUUUGAGGUCAUUGCAUGGAGACCCCAAAUCCAAACUUUCUAUUUUUUGUUGAUAGAAAUCUGUCCCAGGUGGCUUGCAUUGUAUGAUAAGGGACUUGAUAGGAAACAUUGCCUGACAUAAUGCACUGUUGAUUUUGGUUUGUUGUUGUAGUUGAUUAUGACACCCUGCUGGAGUUAAAUGCUAAAGCAGAAGAGGAACUGCGAGCCAGAGAAGCAGAAGAAGAUGAACAGGAAGUACAGUAAGCUCUCCCUUUGGAUUAUUUGUUAACAGUAUGCUAAUGUUGCUGUUCCUUUGGCCAUGCUUUAGAUUAUAAUCAUUUUAUUUUGUGGUCUCAUUGGUUGGAUUGAAGGUGCUUUAAUUUUUAAACUGCCCAACGCAUACCGACAAUGUAAUUGAUCAGCGGAAGCUCCAAUUUUAAUUUUAAUUUUUUAUUACAACAGUUAAUUGCCAUACUUGAACUAUAUUUUACUAUCAAACAUACUGCUAAAGGACAGAUUUGCAAAAUUAAAAGUUACGUAUCAUUAAUUAUGCAAACAACUGCAACAUACGUCUAUAUACCACGUAUUCUGUUCUUUGAACAAGAGGGUCAUUUUUACUAAAUUUUAGGACAUAUUUUGGGGCCCAGAGGAUCCAGAAAAGAUUGAGUGAUAGUAGUGAUAAUGAUGAAGAGAAUGAAGAAGGCAAACCAACAUCCCAAGUUAGUAAACCAACAAGAAGAAAAGCUACAGAUAUUCUGGCAGAGGUAAGCAUUUCUAAAUAAUAACCUUGAAAUCUUGUCAAAAUGAACAUAAUUUCAGCCUUUAAAAAAGGUGCGGCAUGUUCCUUUCUUAACUCUGGUCAACCCUCAAAUUGUAUAUCUCAAUGAUCUCUUAAAUGUAUAUUCUUGCUUUGUCACAGAUUGUUUCUUUAUGUCAUGUGAAAAAACCUGGGCAUAAAAGAAGCAUUGUAAAAUUCGGCAGCAAUAUUCAAACUGCUUUGUUACAAAAUAAACGUUCCUCACCUUGAAAACAGCAAAUAACAGACAGCAAAUGCAAAAAAUAGAAGAAAAAUUAGAAAACUUCCUUUUCCCUUUUCCUUUAAAUUUUGAUUAUCUAUUAAACGUCAGCAACAACAACUCUUUUAUUUGGUUAAUGCUUUGAUUGUUUAUAGUGGAAGUGCACCUAGUUGCCCACUUGCUACAACAGUUUAAAGACACUGCACUCAAAUAAUUACAAAAUCUAGAUCAAACCAAACACUGUUAAAAAUCCACGACUGGUAAGAGCCAACCUUUGGCUUUUUAGCAGCAUAGUUAAAUCAUUGAAUCCAGGACUACUGUCAAACAAUUCUUUUAGGUAGUGGUUAGAGCGGGACUUGAGCAUGGCAUUGUACUGCCCAGUCAUCCUGCCUCCCUAAUGCAAAAGAGGCUGUUCAAAAGAAGAGUGAGUCAACGUUCUGACCAUUUUAAUCUGAAGUUGGAACGUUUGUUAUCUUUUCAUUUGUUUUAGGAUGUAGACAGUCAACCAUCCCAGAAGAAACGAAAGACAUCAAACAGCGUUAGCAUUGGAAAACUUCAAAACAAGACACAGCUAGCAUCAUUAGUUAAAGUUAACAAGGACAAAAACAGUGGACAAAAAUCUGCUAUAAAAGCAGCUAUAAAAACGGGCAGUUCAUCAACUGGAUCAUCAAAUUUAUCAGAUUCAAAGAAGGAAGCCGACAGUUCAAACAGCAAAUCAGAUCCCAGCUCAAGUGGACUAGGCUCGUUGGGCAUGCUGGGAGAUUAUAGCAGCAGUGAGGAUUCUGAUGAAUAGACCGUUUUUAAGGCAAUAUAUAACAGUCAACAUUUUAAUAAUUUUAGUCAGUGAGCUAAAUGAGGACAGAUUGAGUGGACCGAGUUACCGCUAUUUACUAUUAGGGAGCUUAAGCAACGACGACGGCGACGGCAACGAGAACGGCAAAAAAGCAAUAGGUUUACAUUGACAAAACAACAACUUUGCACGUGCAUCACGCUUUUAUGUACAUUUCUUGUCGUCAUUGCACGACUACAUCGCGAAAGUGCCUAAUUCCACGUUUUGUCGAGGACGGGAACACAAGAGAACAACUUUCUUUUUCUUUUCCUGAACUUUGAUACAGUCCUUUAGAAUUCAACUCCAAAAAUAUUUACCAAAAUUUGACC